UUUAUCUUAGCACCGCCCGCCAGACCCAGCCAAGAUGGCAGCCAAGCGCAAUCUGAGGUGGCCGUGGUUGGUUCUGUGGAGGUUGUGGCAGGUCCGGGGACCUCCACAAAACCGGGUAUCGGGCCUGGGCCUAGAAGCGAGGACGUAUUCCCGGGGCGACGGCCCGUACUCGCGCACGGCGCUGUAUGAAGUGCUCGGCGUCCCCUCCACGGCCACGCAGGCGCAAAUCAAGGCGGCCUACUACCGGCAGAGUUUCCUCUACCACCCGGACCGCAAUUCGGGGAGUGCCGAGGCUGCCGAGCGCUUUACGCGUAUCUCCCAGGCAUACGUGGUGCUGGGCAGUGCCACCCUGCGCCGCAAGUAUGACCGAGGCCUGCUCAGCGACGCAGACCUGCGUGGACCUGGCGUCCGGCCCUCUAAGAUGUCCGCAGCGGACCCGGGCUCGCCCCGCGCGCCACCGCCCUCCUCUCGGAGCCACAGCAGUGGUCAGGCCGCGCCGGGCGCCAACCGCACCAUGUUCAACUUUGACGCCUUCUAUCAGGCGCACUACGGAGAACAGCUAGAGCGUGAACGGCGUCUAAGGGCCCGGCGGGAGGCCCUUCGCAAGCAGCAGGAGGACCGGGCUAAUAAAGGCUUCCGCUGGGACGAGAUCCGAGACACGACUUUCGUCUUGCUUCUCCUCACAGUCUUCAUCAUCAUGACCUUGCGGUUUUAAUUGGAGAGAGGAGGGAAGGGGAACAGCCCCCAGUCAACCCUCAGAAAAUUGCCUUUCCAGCCUUGAACCCUUCGCCUUCCAUAGUCUACCUCUCUGCUGGGGUCCGAAGGAACCGCUCUCCUUCUUCCCCACCCGCCCAGCUUAGCCGAUGUCCUGCACAUCCCUACCCCUACGGUCCAGAAAAGGAGGGUUUUCGAAGCCCAAGAAAGAGGCCCCAAAAUGAAGAGCCCUGAACGUCCGAGAGUGAAGGGUAUUCUGCAGUCCUUUGGGUGCCUGCUUUCAGAGGUUUCCUUCCUGAUGUUGCCAACUUCUGGAACACUUGCUCUGGCUUUACGGUAAAGCUCUGAGCAAGAAUUGUCUGCUCCUGCCCCAUGUGUGUACCACGGGGCUCCUCUGUAACCUUGAAACAUGCAAUGUGACCAAUUGUUGGCUGCCAAAAGAAAAUUCUGGGCUUGUAAGAACCUUGUCUUUCAGUGAGUUACCCACGCCACAGGUGAGAUCUGAUGUCAGCUAGGAAUGUGAUAUGUGGAAACCUUGCCAUGCUUCUGUGGUCAGCGCCAAACCCCGCUAUCGCUUCUGUUGGUGGCGUGUGGGAGUGGGAAAGCAAGGUCAUUGAGCAUAAGGAGUGAGUGGUCCUGUGCCCGUACUUAUCUAAGGAAUGACCUUGGAGAAGUUACUUCGUGGGCAUGACAGCAGAGAGCAAGUCAUUUGUUCUCUUGAGAUCUGUCACACUUUAUUAUCAGUAGUUCUAAUGGGCUUAGUGGUUAAAGCAUGCUAGUGGAGUCAAGUUUAUCCUUGGGACAGUGUGCCUGUCACCUGGUCAUCCCUUUACCAGCUAGCCCCAUUGCGAACUGCAAGCCCAUUCCCUCCCAGAAAUAGUACAACAAAUUGGGAGCUUUAGUCCUUGAGUGUGACCCAUCCUGUUUAGCUUGCAGUGCUUAUUUCAGGCCUCACAAGCCAAGUCCUUGAAAUGUGGCUGCUUGAGGCUGUGCGGGAUUUGAAGUUGGUGGGACUACUGAGGGACAGGAGAAUGUGGUGGAAAGUCUGUUCUUGUUCAGAGCUGGCUGAAACUUUUUCUUUUUUUCUGUUUGUAGUUUGUGCUAAGCAGUUGGUCAGUCAUCACUUGGCUGGAGCAGUAGUAGUCAGAGUCUCUUAACCCGGAAUCACUGCACAUGGGGAGUGAGUGGCUGUGCUCGAGCAUUUAUGUACUGGAGCUGAGUGUAAAGCUAUGGGAUAGGAAAACCUGUCCAAGAAAUGUACGAUAAGGGUGCAGGUCCCCGUAGAGGCUAAACAAAGCCAGACGUGCUUUGGUACAUUAAUACCAAUUCCUGCAUUCACACUCUUGUGUGAAAUCCUUGUAUAAAUUGGGAUAAAUCUACAGCUAGUUCAACUUGGUCUCUUGGAAAUCAUUUGAUUCUUUCUAGCCUUGGAGGUUGGGGGCAAACUCUUAGUCAUGGAUUUGCAGUGACCACAGAAUUCAGUAGUAAAGAUUUGAGCCCGGGACCAGCCCGGUGGCUCAGGUGGUUGGAGUGGUGCUCCUAACGCCAAAGUCGCCUGUUCAAUUCCCACAUGGGCUCGUGAGCUACACCCUCUACAGCUAAGACUGAACAACAGCACUCCCUGGAGCUGGGCUGCCAUGAGCAGCCGGACGUUGGCUUGAGCUGCCAGAGGCUGCUGUGCGCUGCCGUGGGCUACCGUGUGCUGCCAGGAGCAGCUGGUGGCCAGCAUGAGUGGCCGGCAGCUAGUGUGAGUGGCCGGCAGCCGGCAAGAGCUGCUGUGAAUGGCUGACCGAUGACUGGCGACUGGCUGCCUCGGGGGGUGGGGGCGCAAGGCUCAAUACCAGCAUGGGCCAGGGAGCUGUGUCCUACACAACUAGACUGAGAAACAACGGCUUGAACUGGAGUGGGAGGGGGAGGUGGAAGAAACGAGAAAAAAAAAGAUUUGAGCCCACCCUGGUUCAGGACAGUUAUACUCUGAGCCUUGAUUGUGGGUGCAGGAUGGCGGGCAUACGUACUUUGAAAAAGAACAUUUAAUGUUAUGUUUCAUAUUUGAAAAACAACAGGGACAUUCUGUUCUUUUUGAAAUGUAAACUGCAGGAAGUGAAGCUUCGUAAAAUGUACAGAAACUAGUGAUUCUCAACCAAGGGAUAAACUCAUAGCCAGUUUAAUUUGGUCUCUUGGAAACAGUUGGAUUCUCUCUAGCCUUGGAGGUUGGGGGCAAGCUCUGAGGCAUGUCUUUGCAGUGACCACAUGAUUCAGUAGUAAAGAUUUGAGCCCACCCUGGUUCAAGACAGCUCUGUCUGCUCAGCCUUGAUUUUGGGGGUGAGGCAUAUGUACUUUGAAAAAGAACACUUAAUGUUAUUAUGUUUUGUAUUUGAAAAACAACAGGGAAGGUCUGUUCUUUUUGAAAUAUAAACUGCAGGAAAAUGUGCAGAAACUAGUGGUUCUAAACCAAGGAGUUGGAGCAUAACAGAGUGUCCCUGGGGCAAGAUUCUAUCAGAGUUUGUCAAAAUGGGUUAGGGUUCUUUUGGGUUUUGUUUGUAAAAGCACUAGUGGUUACUAAUAGCUGGGACGUUUUGCAUGGCCUCUUUGACGUAGACCUAUCAAGUUUGUUUUCUCUCUAUGAAGAUCACAGCUAAGAACAUUUCGUGGGGCCCCAGAACAUGGAAACAGAAAGUUCCAGAAGGGUUUUUUUUUGGGGGGGGUCCAAAAUGUGUGAAAUUUUUGGAACAUUCUAGAACAUUCCAUGCAACUCCAAACAAGGUAGUAAAUAAUAUUAUUAACCAGCUAACUCAGCUUCUCCUGAGACCUAGAACGAGGCCCGCUCUACCGUUUAGUGCCAUUCUGUCUGCUCAGGACUUUUUUUAAGCCAGAUCCAAGCUCUGAGAGACUCCACUCCCUACCUUCCCUA